GGAGGGGAGGGGUGCGAGUGUUUUCUCCACAUCUGUAAACGGAGCCCACACGUUCGUUAAUUAAAUGGCUUUGGUUCGGUUAGGCCUCAAUUUGCGCUGUUGAGCGGCAGGCGGCGGGCGGCGCAGUGCUACAUGCCCUAUCGGAAGACCACAAUCAGCGGGGAGGAGUCUGGUGAGACCGUGAACAGUGAAACCAAUGGGGUGUCAGAGUGGUUGUGCCCCCUUUGCCAGCAAGGGCAAACGGACCGAUCAUCUCUAUCUUUGCAUCUCACUGACCAACACAGCGUUCUUAAAUCUUGUGUUGACAGGCUCCUGGAUAUUGCUGGUCUAAAACGGGCUUCAGUUGGAGAGGAACAGAACAAAUCUGCUCAAGUGUCUUCAGAUGCCACCUCUUCAGAACUGAUGCACACUGACGACUCCGGUUUAGAUCUCUGCCAUUUGGGUGAUACUUCAGACAUAACCCUGGCAGCUGGAGAAAAAGUCAUGGAGGAUGAGAGAAUGAUUGCACACCCAGGAAGUGAUAAUGAACUGGAGCCUGAACAGGAACAAGAGCAAUGCACAGGAGCUGAACGGCAAAGUGAAAGUGAGAAUGCAGAAACUCAGAAUGCCAGUGAAAACAUGAAUGAAAAAACAGGUGUGCCAGUUGAAAAUAACACAAAGUCAUACAAAUGCAAUGCCUGCCUGGAGUUUUUUCCCACACGGACAGCCUUGAUGGUUCAUUAUAACUCUUCAUCCCACAUUCAACGAAUGACAACAGGCUCUGCAAAGCAAGGAUUGGAACAUGAGUCCCAAACACCCGCAGUUCCUCUUCUUCCUCGGCCAUAUGUAACAAAUAAACCCUACCAGUGUGCCGUAUGUAGAGUUUCUUACAAUCAUGUCAUCACCCUCGAGAGUCAUAUGAAAUCUGUUUUACACCAGACCCGCAGUAGAAAUACUGGGAAUGCUGCAAACAUUGCAGUAGCCACUGGCACUGUGGGAAAUAGCACCACUAGUGUUCCAAAUACUGUUGUAAGCACCUCUGGGUGUGGGGCCACAAAGUUAGUUAGCAGCACCGCCUCUGCUUCUGAGACCUUGAUGGUGACUGCUGCAAAAGAUGGUGAACAGGUCCAAACUUCACAAGUGGCUCCUUCUCUUCUCGCUUCCCCCGUGGCCUCAGCUCAGGCAGUCUCAGCCUUUCUCACACUCCUCACAUCUAGUCCAAACUCACUUUCUCACUCCCUUCUCCCGUCCCUUUUUGCAGCUGGAGCUGCUCCUGGUGCAGCUGCACCUCAGCUUGUGCCCCAGCCACAAAUGGUCAUGCCCUUGAUCUUGAAUGGCCUCCAAACUCAAACCCAGCAGCAUCCAGAGAACCAGCAAGGCCAGCUCCUGACACCUUGUAUGCCAUUUUUAGGUCUCAGUACAGCACAGCAAACCCUUCUAGCCCAAAGAAUUAACAGCUUACAGAGCCAGUGGCUGUCCACAGCUAUUCCACCAAACUUGCAACCCUGCCUUGAAGAGCAAACACAGAGUGUAAAGGAUGAGGUUGAAAAAGAGGGGAAAAGAAGUGAUGAGAAUGUUGAAGACAAGGUAGCCCAGCUCAAGGACAAGGAUGCAUUUGUUAUGGGAACCACUGAAACAGAGAAGCAUGACAGAGAACAAUUGGCAAAAAAUCCCAACAUAGAAAGCAAUGUGAAGAUUGCAAGUAAUGAAAACAAUGGGAGGGCACACAGAAAUGACACAACAGAUGAAAACAUUCAUUCUAAUAAAUUGGACCUGGAAAGUGAUAAAGGAAGUAGCUUAAAUCUCUCCCUGUCAGGCACAGAAAAGAACAGCUGUAAUAACCUCUCACCCAACAACUUAAGCCUCAGUCCUGUAAAUUUAAACCUUACACUUAGUCCUGAUACGACUACUCAAAAAUCACACACAAGCUGUUGUGCAUCCCUUAGUACCCGAAAAACCAACCCCAGUGUAAAUGCCACAACUUGCCACCAAACUCAACUGUCUUGUAAUAUCACAGGGUCCACUAUUUACCCAGACCUUCCAGCGCUGUCAGAGUUCCAGUCUGAGGUUCUCUGGGCAUUCUUUGAGUCACGCAGUGAGGCUGAUGCUGCCAGUCCCCCUCAUGAGGAUUGUGAAGCACUGGGCAGAGAGGUAGGGCUCAGUGAGGAAGAGGUGCGCAGGUGGCUGUGUCAGGCCCGAGAUGUCAAACAGAGGCAUAGGGCUAGAGGACUGGAAUGCCGACAAGGAAUAUUGGAAUUGACAAAGCAUGUCUCAGUUUCUGAUGACUUUGAUGAAGAUGAAAGAUCAUUAGUUAUAGCUGAAACUGAGGAUGAGGCUGAAGCAUCAAGUAAUCAAGCAAUUGAUUUGUCAAGCAGGAAAGGGAAGCGCAGACGGAGGGAUGUUGUCAUGGAGAGUCGGCAAGAUUCCUGUCUUACUUCCGACUCUGAAAAUGAAAUGUACACUUCUGUUGUUUUGUCUGAGGAGGAAAGUCAGAAUCGGUCCACAAAGCAGGUUCUUGAAAUUACUGGUAAAAAUGAAGCACAGUGUGAGGUUUCUGCUGAUAAGGGAUCAGUUGGAGGCAAAGUCUUGCGUUCCACAACUGUGUUUCUGUCCGAUGCAGAAGAUGAAUAUGAUGAUGAGGAUGGAGUGGGUCAUAGGGCAGAGAGGAAAAAACGAAAAGGUGAGUUUGAACGUGAUGUUGAUGUAAAGAAGGAGAGACUUGAUCCAGAUGUGGACCUGGAGUUGGAGGCUCAAGGAGAUCCACCAAGCUCACUUCCCCACACUAUGGACCACCCUGAGAUUCAAAGCGGUGCUCUGCAUGCACUUCCUUUGUCCCUUGCUCCAUUUUCAGCUCAGUUCCUCAGCCCCUAUGUUGUCUCUCUUACACCAUCUCUAAUUGGAGAUGGUACCAAAAUGCCCAUCUUUCACAACCCACCAACCAUCACGCGCUUCUCUGAGUCACUUCAUUCACAGUCUGUCUCCUCCCACAACCAAUAUCUGUCAAAUGGUGGUGAAUGUGAGUCUGCCCUGGAUCUUAGCAUUGGGAAAAACGGCAAUUCCAAAUCCAAUUCUUCAUUAUCUUUGGCUGAUAAAAUGUCAGCACAAAAAGGGAGGUUGUUGGACGGGUUAGGGCUGAAACCCACAUCAAAAAGUCUGGUAGUUGUCCAGGUGAAACCUGAACCCACUGCUGGCUUACCCUGUUCCAAUAGCAGCAUGAAUUUGGUUAACUGCAGUAAUGUAAUGAAGUCUAGUAUUUAUGUGAGGGCAGCAGAAAAGAUGAAUACCACCCUGCUGGAAAAGGAGGGAGAAAAAGAUAGAAAUAAAGAAAAGGAGAUGGAGCAUGAACAGCAUCAGAGAAAAUAUAAAGGAAAACGAUAUCGGGAUAUACGGCGUUCAAGAACGAUCAUUCAAGCAGAACAACUUGACGUACUCUAUGGCUGCUAUUUCAAAGACCCAAAUCCUGGAAAACAUGAGUUUGAACAGAUUGCGGAAUGGGUCCAUCUCCCAAAGAAGGUUGUCCAGAUUUGGUUUCAAAACAUGAGGGCAAGAGAGCGUAAGGGUGAAGUCAGAUUUAUCAGUGAUGGGACCUUGGCAGCAGUUGGCAAACCUCUUAUCAAAUUUACCUGGCCUCUUUCCAAACCCAUAUUUUCCAACAAACCUAUUCCAAACAAUAGUGGGGGUAUUACAACUACUCCAAUUGUUCGCACACUCAUGAAGACAGACAAAGAACCUGUAAAGGAGCUGGGUAAACCAGCCCUUGUGAAAAAAUUUACCCCAGUUCCUAUUAAGCCGAAGGAGAUUGUUUCUUCUACUGUCGUCUCUCCUGUGAGUAACAGUGGUUCCUCAGUGCCAAAGACCAAGCUUGAAACCACUACCAAUGUUACAAUGGUUAAAGUUUCACCCAAAGCCAACGCGCCUGUCAUAACACCCCCCAAGGAUCUCAUCCCCAUUGCCCCACGCCCGAUCCAUCAACAGAAACUAGAUGAUGACAGCGAAGAAGAAAAGACAGAUGAGGAGAAAGACAAUGACAGUGAGAUGGGACCUGUACCAGGAACCACUAAUCGCAUGGUACCCAAACUGCCCACAACACCAAUCAACAACAGGCCCCCUACAAUGCCAGUGGUACCACAAAAACAAAAUGGGCUCAACUACUGGAUGCCUAAAGUUCCCAUUAAGAUCAACACUCUAUCAAGAGAGCAGUUGGCAUUGCCAACACACACACCAUCUCGUACCAUUGCACCUCCUCCAACACCCAGCAUUGCUCCAGUUAGUCCGAAUGCCCCUUGCUCUGCCAAAGUGGCCAGUCUCCCCACACCGGCCGUUUCUAAAUCGAGCCCAACAGAAGGCAACUUUCUCACCCACUCAUCCAGCCGUAGGCCACGCACACACUUGUCCUGCCUACAGCUCUCCAUCCUGCAGUCCUGUUAUGAGACCUGUGCCCACCCAAAUGCCUUGGAGUGUGAGGCCAUCGGUUCAGAACUUAACCUACCGCUCAAGGUAGUGCAGAUCUGGUUCCAAAAUACCAGGGCCAAGGAGAAGCGCUGGAGGCUGCAGCAAGAGAAAUUGUCACCUGUUUCAGGCAGCAAAGUGGAUGUAAGCUCUGCAAGCUACUUGCAAUACAACGCUCUUAAAGCCAAUCGUCCCAUCCUGCCAAAACCUGUUCAGAUGACAGUUACUGUACCUUCAGCUCCCCCAGUGGCUGGUCAGCCAGUGCCAAAGGAGACCCUGACAGGCCGCUGUGAAGCUUGCAAUGUUUCCUUUGACUCCAGGGCUGCAGCUAGAACCCAUGUCUUCUCUCCACAUCAUCUGGCAACGCUGAGAAUGACUAACUUUGGCCAGCCAACUGCACUCAUCAACAAAAACGCAGCUGGUAGUAGCGGACCUGGCAGUGCUGUGCCAGGCUCACAGGUCUCCCUUUCUACUGUGGUUAGCAGCUCUACAGGGGAGAUAGUCAUCAAUUCCCCUCCACCGCCAGCUACCAGCAGCAGCUAAAGAUUCAGAUCAGGAUUGGUCUGCACACUGACUAUUCUUGGACCCAUUUGGGCUCCUCAGCUUUUAAUAAUCAUGAAUUUGAGCACUAAUCCUCAAAAAUUAAUGCCCUUUAGUUUUUGAAGUUGGCUCCCUUUUCAUUUAAUAUCCUUUUCCCCCAACCUUCACUGAAUAAAAAUCCGUUACUCUAAGGAAUUCUUCUGGGACCUUGUACAACAGACUUUCCAUGCUGCAUCACAAUCAGUUGUUUUCUGAUUAGUGAUGAACACGUCCUCAAUCCUCACAUGCAUCACUCAAGCUGUUUUGGUCCUAAAGAUGUAGUUAUAUAUUAGCUUACAUAAAUGACCUUCCUGUAAUUUCUAAACACAUUUUACUAUGCUUGAACUGUCUUAAUUUGAAGACUUGUUUUUUGUCUAUCCCUACUUUCACAUUUGAGACUAAGGGUGCUGGUAUUUAACAUGAAUGGAUUGAACCAGUGGGAGAGGAGAAAUCUGUUGACUGUCACUUUUUUAAAAACAGAGAACAUUUCUGAUAUGCAUGUGACCUGAAGAGUAGUGUCUACUUAAUCAAGGUACUUGGGCAAGAAUAUGGCUGUUGAAAUGGUCUCCAUAUAGACACAUCAUUUUCAUGACAAUCCAACUAGACAGGGCAAAACAAGAUUGCAGAAGGUAGACUCUUGGCAUACCGCACUUUGACACAUUUUACAUUGUUUGAAAUGUUUUUAAGCAUUCUGAUGCAAGUGUCUUUUUAUGGAAAGAUACAUUAAUGCAUGUUGGAUGCCUUAUUACAAAUCACGCAAAAUAAACUGAUUUUUGCUACUCUAAUGAAAGCUAAUAUUGUACAAGAAGCAGAUCUUGCUAUACAUGGGUAAGAGGUAUGUUUCAAACUACUUUAGAUUUUUUUUGGGGGGGGGGGGGGGGGGACCAAAGAAUAUUCAUUAUCUUGAACAUAGUGAUUUUUUUUUUUGUGUGUGUGUAAAAGUUCAUUAUUCUCAUAGCUAAUGUUUUCAGAUGUCCACUUUUUUCCCUUUCCUUUUUUAACCCCUUAUCAAUCCUUUUGAAACUUUGGUUUUCACCUUUUCCCUUAAAUGGUGUGCCUCACAUUUUGGAAGGCCCCUUUACGAACUUGUCAUAAUAAAUAAUUGUGUAGGUAGAGCUAUUGCAGCCUUAAUAAGAGCUACCAGGUAGAUCGUUUAAGGUACAGGUGAUCCUCAUGUUUCACAAUUCAAUUCAUCUGCCCCUGGCACAGGGUAUUCUGACCAGUUCAUGCUCUCACCAGCUUGGUAUAUGUAUGGAUUUCUUUGCCAUGAUUUGUGUGCUUAUACCAGAAAAGCAAGUCCUCAUAUCUGCUUAGUUACACCAUUUGUAGUGCAAGAUAAUAAAAUACUCUUAUUUAGGUCAAAACCCAACAUAUAAAGUUAUUACUAGAUGCAAAAUGAGGUCUCCUUCCACUAUCCCCUCACAUAUUAUGUUCAGUUUAGAAAGGGUGAAUAAUUGUGCUAAUGUACAUGCUGUGAAAUGAGCUCUUACAUUUGUAAACUAAGAUAAGGUGGUUAUUGUCAUUAUGAAAGAAACGAUGCUUAGAUCUAUAAAUCAAAUUGGGAAACAUUAAAUGUGUGAGAGCUAAAAUGAUGGUGCUUUUUAGGAGGACACACAACAUACUAAAGAUGUUUUCCUUCAAUUUAAGUUGUAUAAAUGUUACUAUUGAUAGUUUUAACAAAAUGCAAGACUAAAAUGUUAACUUUUGUAAAGAACUAUAUAAAAGAAUAACUGAUAUUCCAAAGUAAUCCUCCCUUUGCUUUCUGUCAUUGAAAAACCAAAAAGCAAUCCUGAGGUUGACAGGGAGCAGGAGAGGUGUUCGUAAAUGCAAACUGUAAAGGACAUCCCACGGCUUGACGCUUGCACUAGUCUACAGUUUUUGCACAAGCUACAGACGUUUCAAUUCAAAGCCAUUAAUGGAAUAGUAAGUCACCUUGCGUCAUUUUCAAAACAAGGUAACGAUGUCCUUUCAUUGAGUAAUCUAUUUGUAUUCUCGUUGGAAACUGUAUCUUGUGUGUAAAGCAAGGACUGGGGUGCUUGAAGCUCAAGACUGGGAUAUUACAUGCGCGCGCACAGACACGGUGUUGCACUGUCCAACCUAGAUAGGUUUUUAUGGAGAUUUGCGUUUUAUUCUUUUAUGGUCACUUUGAUUAUCAUGAUUGUUAUAACUGUACUAUUACUUAUACAAUUAUCUUUAAUACAUCACUGUCUUAUUAUUGAUCCAUAAUGGUUUUAAAUGCCACCUGUCUGCUCGAAAGAGCAUAGUAUUCCUAUGAAUAUUAAACAAUAGUGGCAGUGUUGUUAUGAAUUAGUUUUGAUUUAAUUUUUAUUUCCUCACUUGUAUCAGUCUUUUUGUGUUUGGUCUCCAUUAUGCUUUCUUUGGUAUACUGAAAAUAAAUAAAAUCGGUUGAACAACUAUGCUC